GGCUCGAUUAGGGGCUGAGAGCGGCCUUCAGUUUCCUGCCGCUUUUUUUUUAUAGCGACGGUCUCCUUUAGGGGACUUGUGGGAGAUACUAUUAGGAAUGACCACUUCAAGCAAUAUCCAAAACACAUCUAUGCAAGCUUCAAAACAGACUUCUGUAGAGGAAGUAGAUUUUACUAAAGACAUUGUAGAAGUGUUUGAGAUGGAGCAGUCUCCUGAACACUGUGCAACAGAAUCACCUCCCCCAGCAACAGAACCUCCUUUGCCAAAAACAGAAUCACCUUUGCCAAAAACAGAUACACCUGCUCCACCUCUUCCUCCUGAUUUUGAAAAGUAUUGGAAAUCUGUACAAGCUUAUCCUGAAGAAUUUAAUACUUGGACAUACUUGUUACAAUAUGUAGAACAAGAGAAUCAUCUGUCUGCUGUUAGGAAAGCAUUUGACGCCUUUCUUGCACAUUAUCCUUAUUGUUAUGGCUACUGGAAGAAAUAUGCAGACUUGGAAAAAAAGAACAAUAACAUAUUAGAAGCAGAUGAGGUUUAUAGAAGGGGCAUUCAAGCUAUUACAUUAAGUGUUGAUCUUUGGAUGCAUUAUCUUAAUUUCUUGAAAGAAACUUUAGAUCCUGCAGAUCCAGAGACAUGUCUUACAUUAAGAGGAACCUUUGAACAUGCAGUUGUUUCAGCAGGGCUAGACUUCAAAUCUGACAAGCUUUGGGAAAUGUAUAUUAAUUGGGAAACUGAACAGGGAAACUUAAGUGGUGUCACAUCAAUUUACAGCCGGCUUCUUGGGAUUCCUACGCAGUACUACAGUCUUCAUUUUCAGCGGUUUAAAGAACAUAUUCAGGGUAAUUUGCCUAGAGAAUUUCUAACAUCCGAAAAAUUUAUCGAGCUUCGAAAGGAGCUUGCAUCUAUGACUCUGCAUGGUGGAACAAAUGAUGAUAUUCCUCCUGGGAUGGAAGAGAUAAAAGACCCUGCAAAGCGUACUACAGAAGUUGAAAACAUGCGGCAUCGUAUAAUUGAAGUUCAUCAGGAGAUUUUUAAUCUAAAUGAACAUGAAGUCAGCAAGAGGUGGAACUUUGAAGAAGGAAUUAAAAGACCUUACUUUCAUGUUAAGCCUCUGGAGAAAGCACAGCUUAAUAACUGGAAAGAAUAUUUGGACUUUGAGCUAGAGAAUGGGUCAAAUGAACGCGUUGUUAUUCUUUUCGAAAGAUGUGUCAUUGCUUGUGCCUGCUAUGAGGAGUUUUGGAUCAAGGUACAGCAUCAUAUUCCUAACAUAUUAAUUCAUAUAUGAUCUCCUACCUAACCCAUCUGUACACUUGUUAAAUUGUGUUCAUCUAUAACUAUAUCUAUUGCAUUAGGGGAUGGUCUGCUUGCAACCAGAUUUGACUGCUGCAUAAGCCAACAGCGUUGCCUCUCUUCGCCCUUCCUUACAGAAUCUAGUCUAGUGGUUCAAUAAAGGUGCUGAUUGGGUUAAAAAAAAUAGAAUUUUAUUCUUCUCUUGCACAUUUCUUACACUGACAGAGACUAAUAAUGCAUCUUAUUCUUGUGUUUAGUAUGCCAAGUAUAUGGAAAAUCACAGUGUGGAAGGGGUAAGGCAUGUUUACAGUAGAGCAUGUAAUGUGCAUCUGGCGAAGAAACCUAUGGUUCAUUUACAGUGGGCUGCAUUUGAAGAGCAACAAGGUAACCUAGAGGAAGCAAGGCGAAUAUUAAAAAAUAUAGAAACAUCUGUAGAGGGCCUGGCAAUGGUUCGUUUACGAAGGGUAAACUUAGAGCGGAGACAUGGAAAUGUGAAAGAAGCAGAAAAAUUAUUGGAAGAAGCUAUGAACAAAGCAAAAACUUGCAGUGAAUCUUCCUUCUAUGCUAUUAAGCUCUCCCGGCACCUUUCUAAAGUGCAAGCUGAUGUUGUGAAAGCGAGAAAAGUUUUGUCUGAUAGCAUUCAGAAAGACAAAGAAAAUACAAAAUUGUACCUCAAUUUACUGGAACUGGAAUAUAACUGUGAUUUCAAGCAGAAUGAAGAGAACAUUUUGUCUGCUUUUGACAAAGCAAUAAAAAGUCCAAUGCCUAUAGUAAUGAGAGUUAAAUUCUCACAAAGGAAAGUUGAGUUUUUAGAAGAUUUUGGUUCUGAUGUUAAGAAGUUGUUGGAUACAUAUAAUGAGCAUCAGAAGCUUCUAAAAGAUCAAGAUCUUUUGAAGAGAAAAGCUGAAAAUGGGUUGGAGCAGCCAGAAACAAAGCGACUGCAUACAGAAGAAGUGAGCACAGUAGCUUCAGUUCCAGUUACCACUGCAAGUGUAGAUGCAGCUCAGUCAGGUUAUAACUACGGGAGCUGGUAUCAGUACAACUACCCUGCCAACUGGAAUUAUGGACAGUACUACAAUACUCCAUCAACUUGAAGACUAAACCAGCACUAUGAAUACUCCUGUAAACCAUUGAGUAUUUUUUUUUCUUUUCAAGUUGUGAAAUGUCCUUUUUAUUUCUUCCAAAUUGGGAGAACCUGGGCACUGGUUACCAUCACUGCAGCCGCACACUUAGUGAGCACAGUAAACAUUUUUUUUCAUGUUUCAAUUUUUUUCCUGGAAUCCAUGGAAUAUAUAAGUGUAUCAGUUUUUUUUUGUGUUGGGGCUGAAAUGUGUGUCCAUUGGAAAUGUAUUACUCCACAUCUAUUCAUAAUUUUUUGUUUUUCUUUUCUAAUAUCCUGAAUCUUUUGUAGUUUGGAUAAACUGUUGUUGCUUAGCAUCAGUGUCUAAUGGAACAGCCUAAAAAAAUAUGCCCAACAAAUACGUGUUUAGCACAGUCUAGCACUUUGAAAGAAAGUGCACAUUUAUAUGAAAAGGCAUUCUGCUUAACUUUACUUUUAGUAGAUCUGUUAGAAUAGACAAAUUUAAUUUCAAUAGUUAAAUCAGUAUUGGGUUUUUUUCUCUUUUUUUUUUUAAAAAAAAAAAAAGCAUUGUGAUUUUAGAAUUGAAGUUGCCUGCAUUCAUCUAUGUGUAAUGUUUACUCAUUCUCCUCAAGCGUUAUUUGGUUUAUCAAUAAAGAGUUGCCCACCUUACAUUAACUUUUUUUUUCAUAAAUGUAAAAUGGACAAAGGGAAUUUUCUCUGGUAUUUAUGUCAAGAAGAAAAUAUGAUUGUCCUGUCCGUAUCCUUCACCAUAAUAAACACUGUAUUCAGCCGUCA